AAAAAAAUAACUUUCCAUGAAACGCGUUAGCCUUUUACUUCUGCUACCUCUGAUUUCUCAGCGACAAUUCAGCUUUCAUCUAUCUUCGAUCCCUGCAAACUUAAAUCAACUGAAAAUGGGAUUCCUCGUUUUGCUAGCUGAGCAAACAAAGUUUGUUUCCCUUUUUAGUUUGGUUUUGUUUGUUAGGUGAGUGACUUUGUUGGGGUUGGAUUUCUUUGUUUAGAGGUGAUUUUUCUGUCUUUUUGAGCAUUUGAAGAUAAGUGAUGCUUCAAAUAGUUGCAAUGGCUAUGUAGUUAGAACUUAAAACUUAACAAACAGGAGUUGGGUUUGAGUUGGACGGUUAUAACCAGUGUGGAAGAGAACAGUUGAUUGGAAAAAGAUUAUUCUUAUCUGCAAGAAUGAAGGUUCCUUCAAAUGGGUUCUUGCCAAAUUCUGCAGAAGGAGAAAGAAAGAGUAUCAAUUCAGAGUUGUGGCAUGCUUGUGCUGGGCCACUGGUUUCCUUGCCUCCAGUUGGAAGCCUUGUAGUUUACUUCCCUCAAGGUCACAGUGAGCAGGUUGCAGCUUCAAUGCAAAAGGAGACUGAUUUCGUACCAAGUUACCCCAACCUUACUUCCAAGUUGAUUUGCAUGCUUCAUAAUGUCACAUUGCAUGCUGAUGUGGAAACUGAUGAGGUCUAUGCACAAAUGACCCUUCAACCAGUAAGCAAAUAUGACAAGGAAGCAUUACUGGCAUCUGACCUGGGGCAAAAGCAGAGCAGGCAACCUACAGAGUUCUUCUGCAAAACUCUUACAGCUAGUGACACAAGUACUCACGGUGGAUUUUUUGUACCUCGUCGAGCAGCCGAGAAGAUUUUCCCUCCUCUAGACUUUUCAAUGCAACCACCUGCUCAAGAGCUGGUAGCCAGAGACUUACAUGAUAAUACAUGGACAUUUAGGCAUAUUUAUCGAGGGCAACCCAAAAGGCACCUGCUCACUACAGGUUGGAGUGUCUUUGUCAGCACAAAAAGAAUUUUCACAGGUGAUUCCGUUCUAUUCAUAAGAGAUGAAAAAUCACAGCUUCUCUUGGGUAUAAGGCAUGCUAAUAGACAACAACCAGCUCUCUCUUCGUCACUUAUAUCCAGUGAUAGUAUGCAUAUUGGAAUUCUUGCUGCUGCAGCUCAUGCUGCUGCAAACAACAGCCCAUUUACUAUAUUUUACAACCCAAGUGCAAGCCCUUCUGAGUUUGUGAUCCCCUUCUCCAAGUAUAAUAAAGCUAUGUAUACGCAAGGGUCACUUGGCAUGAGAUUUAGAAUGAUGUUUACGACUGAAGAGUCAGGAGUGCGUAGAUACAUGGGUACAAUCACUGGUAUCAGUGAUUUGGAUCCAGUGCGCUGGAAAAAUUCACAGUGGCGCAAUCUUCAGGUUGGGUGGGAUGAAUCAACUGCCAGUGAACGGCCAAACAGAGUUUCGAUUUGGGAGAUUGAGCCUGUUGUAACUCCUUUCUACAUAUGUCCACCUCCAUUUUUCAGACCAAAGUUCCCUAAGCAGCCAGGGAUGCCAAAUGACGAGUCUGAUACAGAGAAUGCUUUUAAAAGAGCCGUGCCUUGGCUUGGAGAUGAAUUUGGCAAGAAGGAUGCCGCAAGCUCAAUCUUUCCUGGUUUGAGCUUAGUUCAAUGGAUGAGCAUGCAGCAAAAUAAUCAGUUUCAAGCUGCUCAAUCAGGAUUCUUCCCACCAAUGGUUCCUUCCAAUGACCUGCAGAAAAACCUUAGCACUGAUGAUCCAUCAAAGUUAUUGAAUUUUCAAGCUCCUGGCCUAUCUGCUCCAAGCAUACAAUUUAACAAAACAAAUUCAGAAAACCAAGUCGGUCAGUUACGUCGGCCACCAAUGGCAUGGACUCAACAACAGCAGCUGCAGCAAUUAUUGCAGACUUCCAUUAACCAACAGCAGCCACCUUAUCCCCAACAGCCGCAGCCACAGCUGCAGCAGUCUAUUUCUCAAGAGCAACAUCAUGAGCAUCAGCAUCGACCACAACCACAGCAACAGCCGCAGCCACAGCUGCAGCCACAACAAAUACAACAACUGCCACCACAAUGGCAACAGCUUCAACAGCUUCAGCAGCAGAUUUUCCAACCACCUGCCUUAAAUGACAGUGUGGUUUCUCCUAAUCAGAUUCCAAAUCAGAAUUUUCAGAAACCAUUUGUAUACUCCCAGCAGCAGCAGCAGCAACAACAGCAGUUACUGGCAAGCAAUAUCCAAUCCCAAAGCAUCCCUUCUCCUAAUAGAAGUUCAUAUCAGCUGACCUCUUUACCACAAGACUCGCAGUUUCAUCAACAAAUGGAGCAGCAAUCUAACUUCUCUCACAGACAACAGACACAGUUGCAACAGUCCCCACUCCUGUUGUUACAACAAAACCCAUCACAGAGGGUGCAGCCACAGCCACAUCAACAAAUACAGCAACUAUCACAGCCUGACAACUCUGAGCAACAGCUUCAUUUACAGUUGCUACAGAACUUACAGCAGCAGCAGCAGCAGCAGCUGCUCUCCCCUGAAAGCUUACUUCUGCAGUCUCAGAAGCUACAGCAGCAGCAGCAGACCCAUCAGCAAAACCAGCAACUUCAUCAGUCACCUCUGACACAGAAUCAGCAGCCACUUGGCAGCAACAGCUUCCCAACAGCAGCAGCACUCAUGCGAACACAAUCUUUUCCUAUGAACCAGCUCCAAGGCAUGCAGAACGCAACCAUGGCAGUUAGAUACCAUUCAAGUAUUACAGAUGGAGAAGCGCCAUCUUGUUCAACCUCACCUUCCACUAAUAAUUGGCAGAUUUCUCCACUAAAUUUCCUGAACAGAAACCAACAAGCUCCAGCCAUGUUGAUGGGUGAUUCAGCUAUUGAGCCUGCAAGUAAUCUUGUUCAAGAACUCCAAAGCAAGUCUGAAAUUCACAUCAAGAACGAGUUUCCCAGCUUGAAAGGUCUAGACCAACUAAAAUAUAAAGGUACUGUGACUGAUCAAUUGGAAGCUUCGUCUUCUGGAACAUCGUAUUGCCUAGAUGCUGGUACCAUCCAGCAGAAUUUCUCAGCCCCAACCUUUGGCUUGGAUGGCGAUGUCCAAUCACAUCCUGCAUCUAAUAUCGAUGCAUUGGCACCUGAUACUCUAUUAUCAAGGGAAUAUGACUCUCAAAAGGAUCUUCAGAACUUGCUUGUUAAUUAUGGUGGUACCGCACAAGAUAUCAACAUGGAGUUGUCCACUGCUGCAAUUAGCGCUCAGUCAUUUGGUGUAUCAAACAUACCUUUCAAGCCUGAUGGUUCAAACGACAUUGCCAUCAAUGAUACUGGGAUUUUGAACAAUGGAGCCUGGACCAACCAGAAUCAACGAAUGCGUACAUAUACAAAGGUCCAAAAGCGUGGCUCAGUUGGAAGAUCUAUUGACAUCACCUGUUAUAAAGGUUAUGACGAGCUUAGACAUGAUCUGGCCCGAAUGUUUGGCAUUGAAGGGCAACUUGAAGAUCCACAAAGUUCGGAUUGGAAACUGGUAUAUGUUGAUCGUGAAAAUGACAUAUUACUUGUUGGUGACGAUCCUUGGGAGGAGUUCAUGAGCUGUGUUCAGAGCAUAAAAAUACUGUCAUCUGCUGAAGUGCAACAGAUGAGCUUGGAUGGAGAUCUUGGUAAUGUGCCAGCUCCCAAUCAAGCUUGUAGUGGCACUGACAGUGGGAAUGUCUGGAGGGGGCAGUAAGAUGAUAAUUCAGCCGCCUCGUUUAACAGAUAAAUGGUUCAGGUGGGGUAUUUGAGCUAGUGGUUAACCUUUUUUAGCCGCUGGCAGCUAUCCUAGGCGUUCCUGUCAAAGGGAAACGUAUAAUCACAAUGGUUGAUGUGACACUAAUUUCAUUAUCUUGCUGCCUGCAGUCGAGCUCUUGCCAUAGAUAUGGUGCUAACAACAAUUCCUCAACUACUGGCACCUCUGGUAGUAUUCAACUUAUCACAAAUAGAACCUUGGAUUACUGCUGGGGGGUGCCAGAAGGUGAAGGAUCCAUAAAGCGUUUUGCCUAUCGACUGCAGAUUUAACAUUCUUGUAAAUGCUAUCACGAUUAACAAUCUCUAAUUAUCAACACUUGGACAAUUUUUGUUUUUUUUUUCA